AUGAGUUGGCGAGGAAGAAGAUAUAGACCAAGACGAUGUUUACGACUUGCUCAGCUGGUUGGGCCUAUGCCUGAGCCCAGUGUGCCAGAGCCUCAACAAGAAGGACCACCAACUGAAAGUCAGGAUCAUACACCUGGUCAGAAGAGAGAAGAAGAUCAGGGUGCAGCUGAGAUUCAAGUGCCCGACCUGGAAGCUGAUCUCCAGAAGCUGUCUCAGUCAAAGACUGGAAAUGAAUGCGGAGAUGGUCCUGAUGUCCAGGGGAAGAUUCUGCCAAAAUCAGAGCAAUUUAAAAUGCCAGAAGGAGGGGAAGGGAAACCACAGCUUUAA